AUGAGGGCGGCGGGGCGCAGCCGGGCGGGCGGGAGGCGGGGGGUUCUGCAGAGCCCCUGCUCCGGGGGGAGGGAGCAGCCCGGCGCCUAUAUCCAUCCCUGCAGCAGCAGCCGCCCUGCCACAGCCGGGAGGGCCCGGGACGAGCCGAGACCCCCACCCACGGCUGCCUGCGGAGCCGGGAGCGCCCCGUGCCCCCCACCCCCGGCCAUGGGCUCCGGGCGGGUGGUGUGGGCGCUGCUGGCCACGGCGCUGCUGGCUGCCCAGGCUUUCCCGCAGACCAACAUCAAGAUCAGCCAAGCCAUGCCAGAGCCCGUCCAUGCCUACUCCUGCCCACUCUUCUGGACAGAGUAUGAAGGCCACUGCUACCGGUACUUCCCCAUCAACAAAACCUGGGCUGAAGCUGAUCUCUAUUGUGCUGAGUUCUCCAUUGGCAUCAGAUCAGCCAAGCUGGCUUCCAUCCACAGCUGGGAAGAAAACGUCUUUGUGUAUGACCUGGUGAACAGCCGUGUGCCUGGCAUCCCCACUGACAUCUGGAUGGGGCUCAAUGACCUGAGACAGGAGGGUCACUUUGAGUGGACAGAUGGCUCCUCUUAUGACUACCACUACUGGGAUGGCAGUCAGCCUGACGAUGGGAUCCACUCCAUCCCUGAGGAGGAGGAUUGUGUGCAGAUCUGGUACCGGCACAGCAGCGCACUGCGCUCCUGGAAUGACAACACCUGUGGCAGAGCCUUCCCUUUCGUCUGCAAGAUCCCCUCACUUGCCCUGGACUGAAGCUGCCAGCACUGCCUGUGCCC